GCGGUCCAGCUCCUGCUCUGUGACCUGCUCCUGGUCACCCGCACCAACCUGUGGCAGCAGCAGAUGGGGGCCAGCCAGCAGCGCAGCUGCCUCUACCAGGCAUCCGCCCUGGAGCUCCGCGGCUUCCAGCAGGACCUCAGCAGCCUGCGGCGCCUGGCACAGACCCUGCGCCCCGCCAUGCGCCGGGUGUUCCUGCACGAAGCCACUGCCAGGCUGAUGGCCCGGGCCAGCCCCACGCGCACCCACCAGCUGCUGGACCGCAGCCUGCGGAGGAGAGGGGUGCAGGGCAGCAAAACAGCUGGCGAGCCGGAAAGCCACCCCACGCCACGGGAACACGCCGAGGCGCUGCUGCUGGCCUGCUGCUACCUCCCUCCCAGCUUCCUGGCGGGCCCGGGCCAGCGCGUGGGGAUGCUGGCCGAGGCUGCCCGCACGCUGGACAAGCUGGGUGACCGCCAGACGCUGCACGACUGCCAGCAGAUGAUCAUCAAGCUGGGCAGCGGCACCACCGUCACGUCGGGAUAGGUGGGGAAGGGGCCGCCAGCCCCCGGCCACCCCCGUGGGUGCGGAAUGUGGGGCGGAGGGAGGCCGUGCCUCAGUUUCCCCGCAGGAUGAUGUUAGGGAGCGGGUUUGGA